UAAAACAAGCCGUAAUUAAAGGGAUACAUACAGCUAUCAUGAAUGAAGAAAGAACAUAUCAUGGGAUAGGACUCAAUGGUCUGCUGAAAUGUUUGGCUAAAUUGGCAGAAGGAGAAGAUGAAUUUCAAGACAUUCUACCUCUGCUUCCAAAAUUUAAAGAAAUUCUUGCUCUUGAAAUUGGUUCGGAGCAGAGAAACGCAACCGCAUGUCUAAAGGAGUUAUGUAGGGGUAUGGAAGCCAGCCAACAUAUUUUAGAAGACGAUAUGCUCAAUGGCAUGUUGGGACAGUUAACUGUUAGUCCAGAUAAAAUUAUUUCAGACAAUGCUAACUCAAUAUUUUGGAGAUCAGGACAAAGUACCGGAAUCCUACCUUCUAAAAGCGACAUGGUACUUUCUGAAGAAUUCCCGAAGAACUUCACGAUUAUUGAAUCAACUAUAGGAAAAGGUGCUUUUGGUAGUGUCCAUCUUGUAAAAGAUGAAGCCCGACCUGAAGAAGAAAAUUUCGUUGCCAAGAAAUCCUGUUUUUCAUCACAUAAAGAUAUGAAUAAUUUCCUUAAAUAUACAAAACAAUUGUUCUCAACUAUAGCUGAGUAA